AGUUGUACCUACUAAAUGUAUUAUUUUGAGGUGCUCACAGGGAUUUUAAAAAGCAGUGAAGUGAAUUGCAAACAUUUUAAAUUGGUCCUGAAUGGCAGCGUUGAUAUUUUAGACAAACGUUUUUCUUCAAAUGAAGAAUAUAAUCAGAUUACCUAUUGGUACUCAUCAGAGGGAUCGAGGGGACAAUCGGUUGCGUUUACCGCCACUUCUGCUAAUCCCAAUACUGAUAUAUGCUGGGUUCAUUUUCUACGUGGAUGUCUUUCAUUUGAGCUGGUUUCAAAUCACAACGAUUGGUCUACCUAAACCUAGAUUUAUAGGAUACCGAGAAAAUUCAGGUUCUUUUGUCAUAAAGACGGAAGGCUGUAGAAUGCCAUACAUUGAUCCAUUCGAUUCAUCUAUUCGGCGAUAUAUUUUUACGGAACGGAAGAUAACGUGCAACAAGAAUAAACCUCCACUUAUGGAUGCCAAUUUUACGUCUAUAUACUUACUACAUAAUUCCUUAGGCGCUUACAAAGUCACCAAUUUGUCAUCUUUGGAGUGCUGUUACUCUCCAUUCCAUCGCGUAGAUCCAUCAUCAAAUCAAGACGAUAGUCAGAUUUCCUACAGCAAAUGCGUUUAUUUCAAUCAAAGUGCGCUUAUUACAGAUGAAUUCGUUCGUGUCUCGUGUACAUUUAAUAAAACUGAAAUUUAUAAAGAUUUCUUCGCAUUUGUGCCGAUAAAACCGAAUGUUGCGAACUUCUCAAAAUCACAAUUUAAGAAGCUCAACGUGUUGAUAAUCGGAUUAGACUCCGUUUCUAGAUUAAAUUUUCAUAGGCAAAUGCCUAAUACUGCACAAACCUUACAAAGUAUAGGCGCAAUCGAGUUUUUGGGGUACAACAAAAUCGCCGACAACACAUUUCCUAACUUAGCUCCGGUAUUAACUGGUAUGACUCACAAGGAACUCGUAAAUACCUGCUGGCGUAAAAGAUCCGACCGAUUCGACAAGUGCAAAUUUAUAUGGAGUAACUACAGUAAAAGUAACUACGCCACAGCUUUCGCUGAAGAUUCGGUUUGGAUGGGUAUGUUUCACUAUCAAAAAAAGGGCUUUAAAAAGCAACCCACAGAUUACUAUUGGGGAUCGUUCGAUUAUGCCGCUGAGAAGCAAAUUGGAAACGAUAUGGCCUUACAGGCACCGCAAUGCGUAGGAUCCCGACCGAUAUACCAAACACUUCUACGUUACAUACAACAGUUCACUCAGGUGAUGAAACAACACUCCAUACCGUGGUUUGGUUUAUUUUGGAGUUCAAGUUUAUCGCACAAUUUUCUGAAUAAACCCAAACUCGGAGACGAAGCAUUUGUCAAGCUUUUUAAAGAACUGGAACGUAGAGGCAUCUUACAGGAUACCGUUUUGAUAUACAUGAGCGACCACGGAAUGCGAUGGGGUCCGAUUCGGACCACGUACCAAGGAAGGAUGGAGGAGAGGUUACCCUUCCUGUUCAUUGCCUUACCAAAAGUGUACCGCGAAACUCACCAUCAGGCGUCUGCGAAUUUAAAUAGAAACUCGAAACGGUUAACUUCGCCGUUUGAUUUGCACGAAACCCUAAAAGAUUUGCUAGAUCCCUAUUCCCUAAGUCAGGAAGUGCUAACAGCGCGGGUUCUAAAGCGAAAUGGUACUCAUAGGGGGUAUAGCCUCUUCGAACCAAUUCCUGAUAACAGAACGUGUGCAACGGCUGGAAUUUCUUCGCACUGGUGCACAUGCCAGAAAAGUGUAGCGGUGAACGCGAAUAGCAGUAUUGUUAACAACGCCACGAAAUUUAUUGUUCAGUACAUCAACAACCAACUAAAGGGGUAUGCUGCAUGCGCUAAACUGGCAUUGUUUGAGAUUUCCAAUGCACAUCUUCAUACUGCUAGUGAUCAAUUGAAGGGCGGCACAGAGGAUUACACCAUUGUAUUUCGAACCAGACCAGGCGAUGGGCAUUUCGAAGCUACAGUUAGACGAAAUCUAAGAAGAAAAGAAUCCCCUUUUGAAGUGGUUGGAACGAUUAGUAGAAUAAAUUUGUAUGGGAGCCAAAGUGUUUGCAUUACCGACUUUCACUUAAAGCUGUACUGUUACUGCAUCAACUAGUGACGAUUUGGCCGAAAAGAAUCCAAAAUUGUAAAGUGUGUUUAUAAAAACAAAUAAACGUC